AUGGCAGCUUCCCAUAAUCCUGAGCGUCCGGGCAAUAGUGAUCCUUCUACCAACACCGACGUUCCAGUUCCUCGCCUAGAUUUCCGAUGCCCCACAGACGACGCCUGGUAUGGAGUUCAGUUGCUUCUUCAGGGAGACACCCUUACCGUCAAUUACAAUGAUUUCUCCCAAGAAUUCGAUGAACAUUUCUGUGCUUCUGAGUUCAAGACACUCACAGAGAUCAAUACUUUCAAGUACCGGUUCCGCCCGGCGUCGGUUCAGUUGCAAGACCACCAGUGUUCCCAAGUCAGUCAAGGGAUGGUGGUCUGUAUCUCUCAUACGUAUUCAGAUGACGACCUUCUCUUCUAUGAUGCCUUCAUCGACAACGUGGAUCAUAAAGAACACUAUUAUGUUAAUGGGGAAGAGGAAUGCUCAUGUGAAUUCAAGGUUUUAUGGCGCCAUGGCCCUCUUGAUGGGAUAUAUACACAAACUAAAAUUGGAAAUAUUUGCAUAAUCCAAUCUGGAGGGGGAGAAGGGAAUGCUACAUUGGCAUCUUUUUUGAAGAUAUCAAGAGAGAAACUGGAAAUGGCUUCACCCAGCACUUUUUCCAUCCCCAGAAGUGGUGGUUCAAUCUGCAAAGAUGCUUCUAAUGGAAAUCAUGACUCAACUGUUCAACGCAAACAAAGUACAGCUGGUUGUACUAGUAAAGUACUGGUAAGUUAUUUUGUGGAAAACUCUACCAUAAGCACACUCACACACUGAAGACUUGCU